AUUAACAAUAUUAAACGGAAAAACAUUUAUUGAAGUUUUUUCGUUCGAAUAAAUAGUAUGAUAAUAUAUGUAUGUAAUUUCACUCGAGUAAAAGACGUAGCAGUUGUCUUGUACGCUUUUUUUUUUUUUUUUAAUUUUUCUCAUCUACUAUAGUUUUAAUGAUAUACUCGGGCUUUAGUAUCAAGGACUACCAACUAUUCCUCGUAAACGAGGUAAGAUAAUACGAGGUAAGAAUAUUGUGUAAUAUUAUUUUAAUUAUUCCUCUAUACUUUUAAGUUACGAUCCUCGGUGAAAAAGUUUUAACACAUUUUCUCUCUCUCUCUCUCUCUCUCUCUCUCUCUCCUUCUCUCUCCCUCUCUCUCUUACUCACUGCAUUUGCGGGGUUAGUUUACGUUAUCUUUCUUAUUUUAUUUUAUUUCAUUUCAGUUUUUUUUUUUGGUGGUUUCUUUUACCCGUAAUAAUUUUUAAAUAUCGCCGAUCGUAAGGGUUGUAAAAAUAAAUAAUCGAAAAUAUUUUACGUGUCGCAAUUAAAUGAUUCCUGUUUUUUCCAGUUCUUUUUAAGUUCUUUUAACAAGUGCAAAAAUUUACGAUUGCGUAAAUGAGUUUUCUUUUUUCUUUUUAUUUUUCUUUCUUCUCUUCUUCUUUUGUCCUUUUCUUUUUAUUAUUAUUGUUAUAUAUAUAUUUUUUUCUUUUUGAUUCGAUCUACGCGUUACGAAAUCGUUUUCCCUUUCGUAAAAGUUACCUCUGGCGUUACGUUAAAUUUUCGCUUCAAUUUUGUCACGAACUCGAGACCUAAAUGAAUCCGCACAAACUACAGGUCAGUAGAUUACACAGCUCGUGUAUGCGUGCAGUGUCACGCAAAACAGGAUGAUUUAAUGUCAAAGGUGAAACCAAACUCGAGCGCGGGACCUCGAUCAAAAUCGAUUUUAUAUCAUUCGAUUUGUGUCAUUCGAAAUACUUUAAGUGAGGCUCCAUUUUCGUUGAAAAAAAUCCUACGUUUCGAUAAAAAUAGAUUGAAAACUUGUUAGACUUAAAACGAGUUAUUAUCGAACGAUAUUAUUAUCUUUAUCGCAAUUUUUUCUUCUUUUUUUUUUCAAAAUGUAUUUUACAAUAUUUUACGUUCGACGGCAACGAACAAGCGAUCGUUUCGAAAAUAUUAUCAACUUCUCGCGAUUCAUUCUUUUUUCCCUUUCUUUACAAAUUUGUACCAAAGAAAGAAAGAAAAGAGAAGAAAAAGAAAAACAGAAAGAGAAACAGGACCAAAAUUUUAUAUAAUUUAAAUUAUACAUAAGUCUUCCCAAAAGUUACCCCAGCAAUAAUUUUGUGCCAUAACAACGACUAUUUACGAUUAUUUAUUUUCGUAAAUUCGGAACUAACUAACGAACUAACGAACUAACGAAUGAACGAACGAACAUAAAUCACGAUCAAAUUAACGAGACUAAAUUUCGAAUUUCCACGUUCUCAUUUUUCUUUUUUCUUGUCUGUUUUCUUCAAUUCGUUCGUUUCAUUCGAAACUUGUAAUCGAUCAAACGAGCAGCGCACAAAUGAAAAUGAUAUGAACGAGAGGAUGGAUAUAUGAAGUUGGGUGGAGAGGGGAGGGGAGUGUGAUUGGUUGAUUAGUUGAGGGAGAAAGAGGGAGAAGAGGGGGAAAUUAGAGACUCUAAUACGAUCGAAUUACAUAGUUUUCUAUCGACACUGGGACUCUCUUAUCUUUACAACAUCUACUCCUAUCUUCACCCUUACUUCCAACCCCUUUCCUUUUCUUUUUCUUCUUUUUUUUUAUUCGAUAAAACUCGCGCACAUAUUCAGUAUAAAUAUUACAUACGAAUAUAUAUAUAUAUGCGAAUAUUCAUAUGUUCGUGCAAUAUAUAAAUAUAUAUAUAUAUGUGUAUGUAUAUAUAUGUAUGUAUAUAUAUAUAUAUAUAUAUAUAUAUAUAUAUAUAUAUAUAUAUGAAACGAUAUGUCCAGUAAAUAAAUACGGAUAAAAUUUUCGACAUUAAUAAUAAACCGUUUCGUUAAACGUCCGAGCAACUGUUUAAUUUGUCAACGUUGACCUUUUAAAGCAGUCUAUUAAACGGAGAAUCGAUCAAAAAGAGAGAGAGAGAGAGAGAGAGAGAGAAAGCAAGGUGCCGCGAAGCAAAUAUUAGCUUCAUUAAACAUGUAGCCAGGGUUUUUCACGAAUUACGAAUGAAACGGUGCAUUGUCAUUUUCUCUUUUUCGAACGGCGAGAUCAUAUUUGUAUAGUACUUCGUAUUGACGUAUAAACGUAUAUUCCAGAUAUUUUAAUAUCCGUGUCAUUGAGAAGAAAAAGAAAAAAAAAAAGAAAAAAAUGAUCGAUUUCGUUUACGUUGUCUGCUUCUUGACUUUGAUCGUUUAAAAAAAAAAAAAAAAAAAAGGAAAGACAAAAAAAUAUAUAUAUAUAUAAACUAAAGCGUGUAUAAAAAAAAAAAGAAAAAAAAUUAAAAAGCAAACAAAACGAAAGAAAGCAACUCGCGACUCCCAAAUUACGUGAUACGUGACCUUUUUUAUUUUUUAUUUUUUUUUAUUUAUUUUUUAUUUAUUAACCUUUAUGAUUUGCAUCUCUUUUUUCUUUUCUCUUUCUCUUUUUCUUUCUUCUUUAAAGAAAAAAGAUUAAAAAUAUUUUCGUCUUUUGUUGUCGCUGCUUAUACUAUUGCUGUUAUUGUUCUCGUUGUUGUUAUUGUUGUUGUUGUUUUCGUAUCGAAGAAAAAGAGAAAAGAAACAAAAAAGGAAAAAGAAUCUUCUCCUCUCUCCCUUAACACACGUAUACACGCACACACGUACACACAGACAGAUAAACAAAUACUGAGAGAAAGAUGAGUAUCUUGAUAAAGAUAUAGCAAACGAUUUUUCCUUCGAAAGAUCGAUUGUUUCAUUUACAGUUCCUGAAGGAUUUCGUAUUUGAAAGAUCGGCGUGUCCCCAUUUGCAUCGGAUUCACCGAUAAACUCAACGAAUUAUAUUAUAUUAACCCUCGAUACCAAAAUGUUCCUUCAUUUGUUCCACGAGAAUACUCUAUAUGUGUAAAUAUUAAAUAUUAUACAUACAUACAUACAUAAAUACAUAAAUACAUACAUAUAUAUGUACGUAAUUUCGUACGUAUAAACAAGUAUAUACAUAAACAAAUAAAUGCAGCGAAUAAUCGACGGUGAUCGAAGAUGCAAUGUCGUUUAAGGAAAAGAAAAAAAAAAAGAAUGAAAUAAAAUAAAAUAAAUAAAAUAAAAUAAAAUAAAAUAAAAUAAAUAAAUAAAUAAAUGGAGUCCGAUGCAUCCACAACGAUAACGUCAAGAUUAUUAAUUAAAUAAUGUGUGAUAAUAGACCGAUGUUUUUAAACGUAAGAUCAGAAAUUUCGAGCUUAGCCGGAUAGAUCGACUUUCCUCUUUUUAUCUUGAUAAUUCUUCUUCUUUUUUUUCUAUUUUCUUUUCCUCUUUUCACGAGUAAAAAAAAAAUGAGGACUAUCACGAACACGGAUUUUGCUGUGUUCGAAGGGAAAAGAAAAAGAAAAGAAAAAGGAAAAAAAAUAAGAAAAUAGUGAUGAACGUACGAUAUCAAAGUUUGAUUGGAUCGUAAAAAACGAAAAAAGAAAAAGAAAAAAGAAAAAACGAAAUAGAAAAAUAGAUUUAAAAAGAAAAAAAAAAGAGACUAGUUGCGAAUCUCUCGGGAAAGCUCGAAAUCGAUGAACAGCUCGAAUUUUUUUUUUUUUUUUUUUUCUUUUAAUCGAAAGAAAGAAAGAAAAAAAAUACACGUACAUACAGUUACAUACACACAAAUACAAGCUGGUUAAACCUUCCACCUAUUUCAUAAUCGAUGUAAUUAUGUUAAUAAAUAUUCCUAUCAAAGGUGUCAAUCUCAUCUCUCUCGAUGGUACUUAAGACGAAAAUGAAAAAAAAAAAAAAAAAGAUUAAUACAAAGGAGAAAUAACAAAAUAUAAUGUUCGAAUAUAAGUAUAAAAUAAUAAUAAUAAAAAAAAAAAGAGAACGAAAAUAUGUAUUUUCUCGUGGCACUCGCCUAACUUUAAAUCUUGAUCCGACAUUGCGCGCGCGGCUUAUAAGCUUAAAUCAUGAAUUUUUGUACAUAAUAAAUAAAUAAAUAAAUAAAUAAAUAAAUAAUAAUAAUUAUUAUUAUAAUAAUAAUUAUACCUUUACUACGUGGAAAAGAAAAAGGAAAGGAAAGAAAGAAAAUGAAAAGUGAAAAAAAAUUAUAAAAACACGCAAAAAGUAAAAAAUAAAGUAAGGAAAUGAAAAAAAGAGAGAGAGAGUGAGAGAGAGAGAGAGAGAGAGAGAACACAAAAGAUGUCUACGAGUUAGUAAUAAAUAAAGCGAUGAUUGAGAAGAAUAUUAAGGAAGGAAAAGAAAAGAAAACACGAUUGUACGAUUUAAAAAAAAAAUAAAUAAAUAAAUAAAAAAGGUUUACUUAGGUAUCCCUCUCUAAUCUCGUCGCGAAUUAAUGGCCGACAACGUUUAGCGUAUAAACUCGAUUACUCGUUUAUAUGCGAUGUAUUUUUGUGAAACAGUAUUGAAAGUGCUACUGUUGUACAGUUAUUAUUACGUGGUAAAUAAAUGAAUAAAUAAAUAAAUAAAUAAAUGAAUAAAUAUACGUACAAACACGUAUACACACACACACACGCAUAUACACAUACAUACAUGAACAUACAAUGUAAUGUACCUAACAAUGUACAUAGAUAUAUUUAAUUAAAGUGAAUAUGAAUUUGUGUAAACA